AUGUUCAACUGCGAUCAGUGUCCGUCGGUGUUGGCACGUAAAGACGGUUUGGUUAGACAUGGCAAAACUCAUGCGGGCAUACGUUUUCCGUGUACCGUAUGUACAUCGACAUUCAACGAUAAGUCGCAUCUUAAAAGGCAUAUGAAAAAUAUUCAUGGUAUCGUCAACGUUCCGGCUCACCUCAGACCAAUGCCUGCUGCACCGAUCAUUACACAACCGGUACAGCAAAGAAUCGUUCAGGUUGCUCCAGCUCAAGUUCAGAUUGCACCCCAAAUAUUUGUUCCUGAUGUCCCGGCCGGUGGCUCGAACAUGUUAACCGAAGACGAAAUGUGUAUGGAAGCCAUGGACGAAUUUGAGGAUACAGUGGUCUGUGAAGCGAUCAAUGGUAUAAUAGUUGGAGUAUUCCGGCAUUGUAUCGAUCAAUUCACUCGUCGCAUCCUAUGGGGUAAUAGUUGGAGUAUUCCGGCAUUACACCGGUUGUCAGAUCGUUUGAUUCUUACACCGUUACCGUCGGAGAACCGGGCAUUUAAAACAGUGGCGACAGAAAUUUACCCUGACAGCGAUAUAAGAACUAUUGUAGAGAGAGCGUAUAUGAAGUUGGUUCAGGAGAAAGAUGAUUACAUCGGGAGGGGUAGUGGAUUUACACUGGAGUCGAUCGAUGGACUGUUGUUGGCCGUGUAUAAAUAUACACCGAUGGGCGGCUCGUCGUAUAUUCAACUACCCGAAUAUAUAGAUAGAAAACGGGGGACCAUCAACCCACAAAACACGGAUCAGGAGUGCUUCAAGUGGGCGAUUUUGGCGAGGCUUGUAGCCGAAAAUUUAUCUGAUAGAUAUAAAUAUUGUGUCGGAGAAAAUUAUAAAAAGCAUGAGAAAAAUUAUAAUUUUAACGGUAUAUCGUUCCCGACACCACUAUCAGACAUCACCAAAUUUGAAAAAAAUAAUAAUAACGUCUCUAUAAAUGUAUACGGCCUCGACAAAAAAUUCCAGGCACCCCGUAAGUACCCAACGUACGAAGUGUAUCCGUUACGUGUGGUCGACGAAGAAAAAAAGGAUCAUUUCGACCUGUUGUUGGUGACGGACGGCGAAAAUAACUCGCACUAUGUUUACAUUUCGAAUUUUUCACGGCUAAUACGUGCGCAGAAAACGAGACACAAUGGGGGAGUAGUGUUUUGCAAGAGGUGUUUCACAUCAUUCGAUGACAGGCGGCAUAAAUACAAGUUGAGCGGACAGGAGGCCCUGGACCAACAUAAAUUGAUUUGUGGGGCGCACAAGCCAAUAUUACCGGAGAUGCCGAAGGAGGGUGAUUGUGUUGAAUUCAGGGCGUGGAAAAACACGGUUAGGCACCCGUUUGUCAUUUACGUGGAUUUCGAGGCGAUCUUGACGAAGGCGGAGGAGAAAAAAGGGGGGAACACAACAAUUAUUCAAAAUCAUGAGCCGAUGAGUUAUACAUUUUUUGUGAAGGCGAGCGAUGACGUACCGGCGGAAUUAUUGGUUCAACACGAGAUACCGGCGGGGCCGGUAAAACAUAGAGGGAGCGAAAACAGGACAGACGUGGCGAGACAUUUUGUGGAGACGAUAGUUGAUGUGGCCCGGAAAAUUGAAGGUCUGAUGAAGACGAAUAUACCUAUAACCAUGACUGAGGACGAAGAAAAAACACAUAAAGAGUGUAAUGCGUGUAACUUAUGCAAAUGCAUAUUAGCCGGGGGCGGUAAGGUUAGGGAUCAUGAUCAUUUAACGGGUAAAUUUAGGCAGACCUUGUGCUCUAGGUGUAAUUUAGAGUUGCAACAGCCUAAAUUUGUCCCUGUCUUUUUUCAUAAUCUCUCAAACUACGACUCGCACUUCAUAAUCACUGAACUUGGGUAUGAUACACAGGCGAUCAACGUUAUACCGAACAGUGAGGAGAAAUUUAUAUCUUUCUCGAAAUAUAUAAGUAGUACCUUCACUGUUCGGUUUAUCGACACGUUCCGGUUCAUGGCGUCGAGUCUGUCGUCCCUGGCCGAAAAUUUAGUUACACCCGAACAUGAGAACUUCCGUGAGACAGCCAAACAUUUUGUCGCCGGAGAUAUGCCGCUCGUGACUCGUAAGGGGGUGUACCCGUACGAGUACACGGAUAGUUGGGAGCGGCUGGAGGAGACGAGGUUACCGAGGAAGAGAGAAUUUUAUAGUACGUUGACAGAGACCGGGAUUAAGGAGGAAGACUUUGAGCACGCGAAGUUGGUUUGGGACCACUUUGGCUGUACGACGUUGGGCGAGUAUUCAGACCUGUAUCUCAAAAUCGAUGUAUUGCUGUUGGCUGAUGUGUUCGAAAACUUCCGCGACGUGUGCAUGAGGGCAUACAACCUGGACGCCGCCCAUUAUUUCACCGCCCCUGGACUUAGUUUCGAUGCGAUGCUUAAGUUCACGGGGCAAAAGCUGCAGUUGCUGGACGAUUACGACAUGUUGUUGAUGUUCGAGAAUGGUAUACGUGGUGGAUUGGUUCAAGCGAGCAAACGAUAUGCGAAGGCGAAUAAUGCAAAGACCCCGGGGUAUGAUGAGACAAAAGAGAAAUCGUGGAUAGUGUAUUAG